AUGAAACUGGGUCAAAAAGUCCAGACUUCAUCCGUCACCGUGUCUGAAACGAAUCGGACGUUUAUUAAAAUCAGAAUUACUUUUGUGGACAUGAUCCGCUUCGGGCUGGAGGAUGAGGAGGAUGAAGAGGAUGCAGAGACUCAGUACAUGAUCCAACAGAGUCUGUUGGAGAGCAGCAAACAGAGGGACGCCCCCCCGACACCAGACCACCACAGCUCUGGUUCGGUGUCUGCAGGCGGCAGCAGGAUCUUCACAGCCAUACGACGAGGCGACGAGAAGCUCCUGGAGGAUCUGUGUGUCCGACACAAAGACGAGUUCCUGCAGAGAGACGGCCGGGGCUGGAGUCCUCUCCACGAAGCUGCAGCUCAGAGCAACCUCACCCUGCUGCAGCUCACAUGUGGAGCUUCAGGCCCAGACUCGUUGGAGAGCCAGACCCUCCGUGGUCAGACGCCCCUCUUCCUGGCAGUAGAAGGAGGUUUGAUGGAAAACGCCUCCUUUCUCCUGGACUGCGGAGCUCAGCUGGACUGUCAGGACAAGGACCAGGACUCUCCUCUGUUUGUAGCGAUCCGCUCGGACCGCGCCGACCUGGUGAAGCUGCUGCUGCUGCGUGGAUCCAACGUGGACCAGACGGGCUGCCACGCCCGCCGGCCCCUCCACGAAGCGUCCAAGCUGGGCAGAGCGGGUCUGGUGGCCCUGCUGCUGGGGGCCGGAGCGCACCCGGACCCCCGCAGCAGCUACGGCCUGACGCCUCUGGCCCUGGCUGCUCAGGGGGGGCACGUGGAGGUGGUGGAGACUCUGCUGAGGACAGGAGCUGACGUCCUCUCCCAGGCCCACGAUGAAGCCUCCAUCCUCUAUGAAGCUGCGGUUUCAGGAGAUCCGGCCGUCGUGGCUCUGCUGCUGGAGCACGGAGCCGACGCCAACGUCUCCAACCACACGGGGCACCUCCCGAUCCACCGCAUGGCGCACCGCGGACACCUGCAAUCCCUGAAGCUGCUGCUUCCUGUCACUUCUAUGGCCGACGUGAACGACAGCGGGAUCAGUCCUCUUCACUCAGCUGCUGCUGAGGGACACACACACUGCAUCAAGGCCUUGCUGGAUGCGGGUUAUGAUCCCAACUUCAUGCUCCAUCCCUGGAUCCGCCGCAGCUACGACGACGAGAGGAAGUCCGCCCUCUUCUUCGCUGUGUCCAAUAACGACACGGCGUCGGUGAAACUGCUGCUGGAGGCCGGAGCCAUGGCCAACCAAGACCCGGUGAAAUGUCUGCAGGUGGCGCUCCGUCUGGGCAACUACGAGUUGAUCAACUUGUUGCUGCGGUACGGAGCCAACGUGAACUACUACUGCAGGAUAAACACGACUCACUUCCCCUCGGCGCUGCAGUACGCCCUCAAAGACGAGGUGGUCCUCAGGAUGCUGUGUAACUAUGGUUACGACGCGGCGCGCUGCUUCGACUGUCCCUACGGCGACCGCUCACACGUUCCUGAGGACUACGAGGGCUGGACCUGCACCGUGAUCAAAGACACGCUGUUCUGUGAGGUCAUCACCGUCUCCUGGCUGAUACACCUGUCGGGUCACAUGGUCCGCGUCCUGCUGGAUUACCUGGAUCACGUGACCCUGUGCUCCAAGCUGAAGGCGGUGCUGGCGGAGCAGGAGCAGUGGGCCGAUAUCUGCAGAGUUCAAGAAAACGCCCGCUGCCUGCGGCACCUCUGGAUUCGUCGGUGUCUCGGUCGACUCCGGCUCCGGUCCCCGGUCUUCAUGAGCUUUGUGCCGCUGCCAGAGCGGCUGAAGGACUACAUCCUGUACCGGGAGCACGAGCUGUGGAGGCCACCGGGCUGAGCCCCACAGAGAGCAGGAGUCCAGAGUCCAGUUCACCUUAAAUACGACAAAACGAAGUCGUGUUCGGAGAGAAAAAAUGAAAACUGCUUGAUUCGUCCCAUAUUCUGUGUUUUCACUCAGGAGUGAUGCUGGACAAAAAGACACACUGGGGGACAGGACAGGGUAACGAGACACCUCCUAAUACAGCUCCCAGAGGUACUAAAUUACCCCAAAGGUAUCCUGUAAUCACACUGGAAGUAAUCCCACAAGUACCAAAUACCCUGUAGGUACUCUCAUAAAUACCCUGUCAUUGCUUUGUAUGUACCCCUUAAAGUACCCAGUACAUACCCCGAAAGUACCCAGUACAUAACCCAUACGUGCCCCGAAAGUACCCCAUACAUGCCCCGAAAGUACCCCAUACAUGCCCCGAAAGUACCCAGUACAUGCCCCGAAAGUACCCCGUACCUGCCUCGAAAGUACCCCGUACGUGUCUCGAAAGAAACUCGUAUGUUCCCCGAAAGUACCCCGUACGUGCCCUGAAAGUACCCCAUACCUGCCUCGAAAGUACCCCAUACGUGUCUCGAAAGAAACCCGUAUGUUCCCCGAAAGUACCCCGUACGUGCCCUGAAAGUACCCCAUACGUGCCCCGAAAGUACCCAGUACAUGCCCCGAAAGUACCCCAUACAUGCCCCGAAAGUACCCAGUACAUGCCCCGAAAGUACCCCGUAUGUUCCCCGAAAGUACCCCAUAUGUGCCCUGAAAGUACCCCGUACGUUCCCCGAAAGUACCUCAUAUGUGCCCUGAAAGUACCCCGUAUAUGCCCUGAAAUUACCCUGUAUUUACCCCAAAUGUACCCCGUACAUGCCCUGAAAGUACCCCAAUAAGUAC